GCUGAAACUGCCCUUCCAGAACCCCAGUGGUUAAUAACAACAAUAGGAAGCAUUAAGGUUUUCUGGACCAAGAAGGGUGAAACUAGUGGAAGUGUCUGUUUGACAACGGAGCAGAGAAUAAACAGCGACAUUGGUGGACCCGGUGUUUGCAGUGUCUAAUCAAUUCCUUAAAGAAGAAUGGCUCCUGAAAAUGGCUCCUUUGUGACUGAAUUCAUUCUGGCGGGAUUAACAGACCAGCCAGGUCUCCAACUCCCUUUGUUCUUUCUGUUUCUAGCAAUGUAUAUGGUCACUGUGUUGGGAAAUUUGGGUUUGGUAACUCUAAUUGGGCUGAAUUCUCACCUUCACACCCCCAUGUACUUUUUCCUCUUUAACUUGUCCUUCAUAGACGUCUGUUAUUCUUCUGUGUUUACACCCAAAAUGCUGAUGAACUUUGUAUCAGAAAAGAACAUUAUCUCCUACCAGGGGUGCAUGACACAGCUUUUCUUUUUCUGCUUUUUUGCCAUUUCUGAAACUUAUGUGCUGACAUCAAUGGCCUAUGACCGCUAUGUGGCCGUCUGUAAUCCACUUUUGUAUAACAUUGCCAUGUCCCCUAAAGUGUGUUGCAACCUUAUGCUUGGUUCAUACUUGAUGGCCUUCUCUGGUGCCAUAGCCCACACUGCGUGCAUGCUGAGACUGACCUUCUGUGAUGCAAACACCAUCAACCACUAUUUGUGCGACAUCCUCCCUGUGCUCCAGCUCUCCUGCACCAGCACCUACAUUAAUGAGCUGGUGGUUUUCAUUGCAGCAGGCAUCAUCUUCUCUGUGUCUACUCUCACCAUCUUUAUCUCUUAUGGUUUUAUUCUCUCUAGCAUCCUCUGUAUCAGGACCAAGGAGGGCAGGUCCAAAGCUUUCAGCACCUGCAGCUCCCACAUAAUUGCUGUUUCUCUAUUCUUUGGAUCAGGUAUAUAUAUGUACCUCAAACCAUCAUCAGCUGAAUCCAUGGAUCAGGGAAAAAUCUCUUCUGUCUUUUACACCAAUACAGUUCCUUUGAUGAACCCCUUGAUCUACAGCUUGAGGAACAAAGAUGUCCAUCUUGCCCUGAGAAAAACCAUUAGUAGAAGAAAGUUUUGAUCAGAAAUAAGAUGUCUCCGUGCAUGUAGUUACAGGACAGGGAGAUUCUGCUGUUUAAUACAGUAUUUUAGUUACAGCCUUCUUAUCCUG